AUGACCUUGGAAGUUGGUACAGUGUCGCUUCUGACCUCAGAUUCGCUGGUGGCCACCGAGUCCGGCUCGUACGCCGCAGCUGAGAUCCCUGCUACGAUCUACCAUUGGACUGGGCCUCGUCGGCGGUCAUCUCCAGACUUUCUGGAAUCGGAAAUAGGACUCGUCGCUAGUCCGCAGCACGUCCACCCGCGGGCGAGCUGGUUGGCUGACGGGGUGCCCUGGCUGGUGCUCGUAUCAACCAGGACCCAGGUAAAUCUGGAGAUAUUACCUGGACCAGGCACAAUCUCCGAACCCAUGGUCGGUGGCAAGCCAUCGUGCGAGCAUGGUAUUUAG